UCACGAGUAAUAAAGCUUUAAAAAGAAUAGUGUUAACUAUUUAGAAAACUAUACAAUGUCCGAUCUGCUGGUUGAGGUAAAAAAAUUGGAGCCGCGCGCCAUAUUCGGCGCCAAUGGCAAGGUCGAAAACGGUUACCAAUUGCAUCCGGAUAAGGUGAGCAUGAUCUAUCCACUGGGCAAUAAGAUUGGCAUCGCCAAUACAAUGAACAACAAACAAGAGUUCCUGAGCGGCCAUACACAUGCCGUGUCUUGUCUGACGAUCAGCAAAAGCGGGCAGUAUUUAGCCUCGGGUCAACGAAAUCACAUGGGCUUCCCAGCUUAUGUAAUUAUGUGGGAUUUUUCAGCACGCAAGCAAUUGACGCGACAUGAUCUCCACAAGGUCUUGGUACAAUCGAUUUCAUUUACGGCCGAUGAAAAGUGUUUAGUAUCGGUUGGCGGAAAUGACGAUGGUACGGUUAUUGUGUUGGAUACCGUUGCACGUACGCCAAUAUGUCAGGCGCCAGCUUCCCGCUCAAUAUCCGGGUUUGCUCUAACAGUUUGCUCCCUACGUAAUAGUCCAUCUCAUUUCUUAGUCGCUGGUGAAAGACACCUUCGCAUGUGGAGCAUUCAGCGCGAACAGAAGAAACUCCAUGUGCAUGAUGUACAUUGUGGCAAGGUUCAACGAAUCUAUACUGGUAUGCAGGUCGACGAAAACGAUCAAUACCUUUACCUAGGCACAAUGACCGGUGAUAUUGUGAAAGUCGUGCUCAACUGCUGUGAUCCGGUGAAUGUCACCCAAAGUGGCAUGGUGGCGGCGAUGAUAGGCGCAUUCGGUAAGCACAAUCCACGCAAACCAUAUGGCAAGGACUGUGAACGCUUUGUUAACGGUGUACGCCAUUUGCAAAUUGUGAAGAAAGGACUGCUUUUGGUGGGUGCCGGCGAUGGCACAUUGGAGUUAGUGGAAGAACGUAAAGACGUUACGCUUGAAAUGAUGAAGGACUAUCCCAGUCCCACGUGGCCAAUAUUUCGCACACUCAAGCGCGCAAAUGUGAAUGGCGCUGUCACAUCUUUGGUGAAUAUCAAUGGUAAUGAGUUCUUCGUUUCCACCGACCAAAAUGAAAUAUGGUUUCUGAAUAUUGCCAAAUUUUCAUGUAAAUUAUUGAAGACAAGCCAUCGUAAGCCAGUUAAUCAAAUUGUAUUUCCCAAAAACUUAUCAACCGUUUUUGCCUCUGCUGGCUAUCAAAGCAUACGCAUUUGGUCGAUUGGACGUCUGCAGGAGCUGCUGCGUAUUAUGGUCUAUAAUUUCAAAUGUGUCUCCUUGCAAUUCACCAAUGAUGGCAGCAGUAUUGUAUCAGCUUGGAAUGAUGGUGUAAUUCGCGCCUUCACACCCAUAACCGGCCGUUUGAUUUAUGCCAUACCAAAUGCGCAUAAUAAAGGCUGCAGUGCAUUGCGAGUAUCAUCGACUGGCCGCUUACUCGUCACCGGCGGCGUGGAGGGACAAGUGCGUUUAUGGAAAAUUGAACCAUUUCGUCAAAGUUUGCUUGGCGUCUUAAAGGAUCAUUCCGGUCCGAUAUCCUCGUUGGACUUUAAUCACUUGGACACCGAGGUUAUAUCAGCUUGCGUUGAUGGAUCUUGCGUUAUUUGGGAUGUAAACCGCAUGACACGCAAAUUUGUCAUCACCUCCAACACGCAAUUCAUGUGUGCUCGUUACUUUCCAACUGGCGUACAAUUGCUCGCAUGCGGCUCUGAUGGGCGCAUCAGCUACUGGAUGGUCUACAAUGGUAGCCUUAUACGUGAACUUCAUGGCACGAAAAAGAACUCCAUAAACUAUUUGGAUAUCAAUGCAACUGGUGAUUAUUUUCUUACAGUGUCGAGUGAUCAAACGGUGAAGUUGUGGGAUUAUAAUCGUGGUAUUACUGUUUGCGCUGGCUAUGAACACUCAUCGCCUGUAAUGAGCUGUGCUUUUAGUCCGAACGGUAGGCUGUUUGUCACUGGCAGCAUUGAUGGUUCAAUUAUCAUUUGGGAUGUACCGGAGGAAUUCUGGGGCAAAUCAAAUCCUCCGCCACAACCAGCUACAUCUGAAACCGGUGCCAAGGCUGAAGCACCACCACAGCCUGCUCCAACGUCUUCUAGGAGCCCUAAACAGGAAAAAAUUGCCGAUCUCUUGAAGAGUACACCAAAGGAUAAUGUUUGUUGCGUUGAAUGUCCACCGAUCGACAUGAAGAAACAGCCGGAUAUUAAUUGCGAUUAUAUACCGGAUAUUAAAAAAUGUUAA